UCCAUCCGUGUUAGACAGUCAAAUGUCAUUUCAGUCACAAGGUUGCUGUCGCUAGUCAGAGAAAUGUUUUGUUUUCAUACGAAUUUUUUCGAUUCUGACGCAAUGUAUAUCAUUCAGUUAAUGUUUUAAUCCAAUAAAAAAAAAGUUGUGUUUAUUUCAAGUGUUUACUAUAAGCUAAAGCAGACAACAACAAAAUACCGCUCGUUAUCGCUUUGAUGGAAAAAAGUGCACUGUACUUAGUUCAACCUUAUCCCGAAAAAUUUGUGUUUUGAUUCGGUGUCCGCUGAAAAGUUUUAUAGCCUUUAAAACCUUCGACAAUAUAUUGAGUGUUUCACAUGAAAUUCAUGGGCUAAUAAUAGAACAUUCGAAGAAAAAGUUCAUAGAACACGAACUUGAAACAGAUUACGUCAGUCCCAUUUCACGGCGGUGAAUGUUUAUCUUAUCUCGUUGUUUGUAUUCAGUUCGAUUGGUGCUGAAUGUGCGCUUGUUAUUCCCAACAACUUAGUCAUUUGCCGGUUGUUUCGAUGUGAUGGUGUGAAUUACAUGAAAUUCUUUUCGUAGAGUAAGCAAAGUGAAGGUGUCGAGCCGAAUUUCAUGCGUUUUCAUUGAUUUUUAAUGAAUUUAUAAUUUGUUGGCACUAUGACAAAAACCACGUCCGACGUUUUAGAUGAACUGAAAUCAUUUCGUUCGCGUCUUUUCGAAAUUGACACUGAUGACGAUGGCGCAAAGUCGAAAUUGGAUAACAUUUUGGAUGAAUAUCGAAAUAGUGACAAAUAUGAAGCAAAUCAAUUCGAAGCUUUCGCUGAAGAAUACCUCAUCACUCAAUUCGGCCUUGAUAAUUUGAACAAUGAAGCAAAAUCCAAAGUCGAGUCGCUUCUUAUCGACGGUGAACUUCCAUCGCUACGGAAUGAAGAUGCUACCUAUUGGGAUCGUGACCGUUUGAUGUUCUGUCUUGUGUUAGACAAUGAAGACGUGUUUGCAAAGGCUUUAAAAUUGGUUGCUGAAAAAAGGCCUGAGGAACUACCGAAAUUGGGUUCCGAAAUAAGUGAUUCAGACUCGAGUGAAGGAAGUGAUGUGGAAACAUUGGAUACGUGGCGAGAUGUGUCUCUAGUGAAAAUUGCUGUUUUACGUGGUUUGGAUACUGCACUAGAGGCGUUAGGAUCAAUAAAUGAAGUGUUUAAUUUGUCAGCGAUAAAUUACGUGUACGAAUUUGGACGUUGGCAAUCGCUGCAAAAUUUAUUAGAAAAACGCAGUGAAAUGGAGUGGAAUCCAGUGAAACUAGGUGAUUUCAUUACAUUUUUGAUGGGAGCACAGACAUUCGACAAAGAAUUCCGUGACACCGAAGAAGGCAAAGUGGACUUUAGUAAAUGUGUCGAUUUGCUAUUCAAAUACGCCGAAUACGAAAUCAAUGAGCAGAAUGAAGAUCAUUAUUCGGCGUUGCAUUUGGCUGUGAUGUACAACAAACCAAAAACCAUAUUCAAAUUGCUGAAAAAAGGUGCUUACAUCGGUGUGCAAGACAAAUCCGAACGGCCGGCCAUUUGGAACAUUCACCCAAAAACAUUGGAAAAGUAUUUCGAUCAGUGUAUCGAAGGUGACGACUUGAUUGUGUUCAAUUUUGAGAACUUGAUCGCUCCAUCGGAAGACUAUCCGAAUGAGUUGACCGCCAUUGAAUUUAUGUCGAAUUCAAAUGAUCUCAAGUAUUUGCUUGAACAUCCACUGAUCGCAUCCUUUCUGUUUCUCAAGUGGAAUCGAUUGGCGUUGAUUUUUUACCUGGAUUUUCUGUGCUAUUUCCUGCUUUCAAUGUUAACAGGCUUCAUUUCGAUGUAUUACCUCACCGAACCCGAAAAGUACCUGAAUGUUAUGUGUGUUUUUGCAUUCAUUUUCACGAUUUACGUAGCAAUUCGACGGACAUUACAGGUGAUUUAUUCGUCGAAGAGUUACCUGCGGAGCUGGGAGAAUUACAUGAAUUCUCUGUUCACCUUUUUGAUUGUGGUAUUUUUGAUGGUAUUCGUGAUCUCCGUACCUUGGAACCUUCACAGUCCAACGCUGGCUGCAAUUUGCAUCAUCAUGAUAACGUACGAAUUCUUCACCUUGGCCGGCACUUUUUGGCACUUCUCAAUCUACUCCGAAAUGUUUAUCGUCGUCUUGAAAAAUGCCAUCAAAAGUUUGCAAUUGUAUGCGAUUUUUUUACCGGCAUUUUCCCUGCUCUUUUAUAUUCUACUGAGAGAUUCAACGGCCAAAGUAAAUGAUGGACCAAAUUUAAACAAAUUUCCAACACUCAGCGCUUCCAUUGUCAAAACCAUUGUGAUGUCCGUCGGAGAAUUUGACGUUAUAAAUGUGAAUUUUGAUGUGAACACCAUCAGUAUUUAUAUUUUCGUUGGGUUUCUCUUUCUGAUUUCAACGGUUUUUAUGAACCUGAUGAACGGUCUUGCCGUUAGCGACACACAGAAAAUCCAGUCCAAAGCACGAUUGACCAGCUUCAAGCGAAGGAGCCAAGUCUUAGCUCGAUAUGAGGAAAUUUUGACACAUCAAAAUCACUGGUUUCGUGACAAAUAUCCGAAAUUAUGGAAAAUCACGCGGUUUUUCACCCACAUCAACACCUUUGUCUACCGUGACAAGAGAAUCUAUGUGGAACUGGACGACGAAAACACCGUUUACUCGGUCAAAGUGAUGCCUUCAAACAUUGUUUGCUUGAGGGUACCCCUGAGAAGUUGGCUGAGGUUUCGAUGGGCAAGAAUGGGCCAGACAAUUAUACAAAAUGCACUUGAAAUCCGUGAAAAACAGGAAGUGGAAAAGCGUCGCGUGAGUCGUAAGGAAUUCGGAGAAAAUAGCCAGGAAAGCCUCCUAAACAGAAUCACGGAAAUUGAAAACACUCUGAAAACCAUAGACACCGACCUCAAAACAAUUAUGGAAAAGUUGAGUGAAAAGUGAAAUUGAAAUUGAGCCAAAAGAUACCAAAUAUUUGAACUGAAAAUUGUGAAUAUUUUCAAAAUUGAAAAAUUGAACAAACAUCUUAGUUCAUCUUUUGCAAAGCAACUAAAAUUCAAAACUAGAAUAAAAUGUAAAUGCAUUCAGAAUACAAAACUUUCUCAAGGCUACUUAUUUAUUGUUGAAUUAGGCAUCAAUUGUACUCUAAGGGAGAGACACGAAACUUAAGUGAGUAAUUAAUUAGAACAUUAUUAUUCAACGAUAAUAGGAAAAAUAGAAGAAAUUAGUGAAUUUGGUUUGCCAAUGGAGAUAUUUUAUUGUUCACAAAAUAGUCCCGUUAGGUCUUCCAUAAGCGUUGUAUUGACAGUGUAAUACGCUCUGCAAGCGAUUUUACUAGAAAAAUUAGAGGACAUAAAGCAAAAAAUAUAUAAAAUUGAAUGUAACUAGACUCUAAUAGAAUUUGUGUCUCGUCCCUAGAUUGUACUUGAAUCACUCAAUCAGUGUUAUUACGAAUAAAAUUGGAAUUUGUUUGGAA